UGCUUUCCGCGUUCAGUGUGAAAUCCGCCUUAAUGCAUUAUACAGUGUUGAAGUUUACAACAUAGAGGUGUGCCCGGUUCGCUUACAUAAGCAAAUUGUGAGCACUUUCCACGGUAGACCGUGCUUGUCGAUCAGCCACUUCAGCCUUUUCAUCAUCAGACUCUGGCUCGAAUUGUUAAGGAACAAACUCCAGGUGCAGCAGCUGAAAUCUGUGACAUACUAUGGUAAAGAUGGAGUUUAUUAAAGAGGAGAUUGAUGACAUGAGUGAUCCAGAACCAUCCAGAAUAAAACACGAAGAUACUGAGGAACAAACAGACUGGAUUGAAGUAAAACAGCAAGGACAUGAAAUGAAUAAAGUGGAGGAGGAACAUUGUAAAAUCAAAACUUCAAGAAAAGUGCAACAGCUGCACACCUGCACACAGUGUGGAAAGAGUUUCCAAUACAAAGGACAUCUUACAAGACACAUACGAAUCCACACUGGAGAGAAACCGUACACAUGCCCUCAGUGUGGAAAGAGCUUUUUUGAUGCAUCGAGUCUCAAUUAUCAUAUGCUGAUUCACUCUGGAGAAAAGCCAUUUAGCUGUGAUCAGUGUGGUAAAAAGUUUGUAUAUUCAUCACAACUAAAAGCACACCUGAAGGUUCAUUCAAAUGAGAAGCCUCAUGUGUGUUCGUACUGUGGAAAGAGAUUUUCAAGGGUAUGUAAUUUUAAACGUCACCAGAAAAUGCAUAAUGAAGUGAGAGAUCAUGUGUGUUGUGAGUGUGGGAAGAGCUUUGCUACAGCUUACUGUUUGAAACAGCACCAAAGAAUUCACACUGGAGAAAAACCUUACAAGUGCUCAUAUUGUGACAAGACUUUCACUCAUUCUGGAAACAUGAAAGUACAUGAGCGAGUUCAUACUAGAGAGAAGCCGUACCACUGUACUCGGUGUGGAAAGAGUUUUAAUCAGUCACCAAGUCUUGUGACUCAUAUUAGAAAAUACUGUUCUGUGUCAAAGUGAGCACUUUUUUUAACAUAAAAGUUGCAUAGGCUCUGUAUAAUAAAUUUCCAUUUUACUGACA